AUGGCUAAUUUCACCAUGAGUGGCUUUGUUCUUCUAGGGUUUACUCCCAACCCAGAGCUAGAAAUAUUAUUUGCAUUCUUGUUCUUAGUCCUCUAUGUGUUGUCUUUAACUGGCAACAUCAUCAUUAUCACCGCCACUUCCAUGGACGACAGUCUCAACGCCCCCAUGUACUUCUUCCUGAAGCAUCUCUCCUUUUUGGAUGUUUGCUUUAUUUCCGUGACUGUACCAAGAUUCACUUACAAGUCUUUCAUGCAGAGUGGAGAUAUUUCUCUCUGGGAAUGCAUAGCGCAGUGCUUUGCUUUCAUUGUCUGUGAUACUGCUGAAAUGGCCAUGCUCACAAUGAUGUCCUAUGACCGCUACGUGGCCAUCUGCCUUCCACUGCACUAUGACAUCAUCAUGGAUGUCAAAACAUGUUUCCAUGGAAUCAUCGGAGUCUGGGUCAGUGGGACCAUCUCUGGAGUCAUGCACACAGCAGCGACUUUCUCCAUUCGGUUCUGUGGCCCCAGAAUCAUCCACCAGUUCUUCUGUGACAUCCCCCAGAUCCUGAAACUCUCCUGCUCCAAUGACUAUAUCGGUGAGGUUGGAGUCACUGUUUUCACCGCUGUGUUGGCAUUUCUUUGUGUCGCUUUUAUUGGAUUCUCUUACAUGCACAUAUUUUCCUCUGUGCUGAGGAUGCCAUCAGCAGAGGGCAGAGCCAAGGCCUUUUCCACUUGUCUCCCCCACCUAGCUGUUGUUAUAUUAUUCAUUUCUACAGGUUCCUUUGAGUAUUUUAAGCCUCAUUCUGAAUCUCUAAAUGCUUUGGACAUGUUUCUUACUAUUAUGUAUACAGUAGUUCCCCCAACCUUUAAUCCAAUGAUUUAUAGCCUGAGAAAUAAAGCCAUCAAGUCAGCUCUAAGAAAGAUAGUUUACAGGAGAAAAGAAGUACUAAAUUCUUCAUCUCAAUUGGGAGACAAGCUUAAUAUCUAA